AUGAGAUCGGACGUUGCUCUCUCUGCCCUAUGGGCCUCGGCCGUCCAGGCCCUGACUGCUGCUCAGUGGGAAUCGCAGUCCAUAUACCAGAUCGUCACUGAUCGCUUUGCGCGCACCGAUGGCUCCACGACUGCCGGCUGCAACUUGAGCCAGUAUUGUGGUGGAACAUGGCAGGGCAUCAUCAACCACCUGGACUAUAUCCAGGGCAUGGGAUUUACAGCGAUUUGGAUCUCGCCCAUUGUCACAAACAUUCUCGAGGGCUCUGGAGGAACGUCAUACCAUGGAUACUGGGCCCAGGACAUUACAACCGUAAACUCCAACUUUGGUACAUCUGAUGAUCUGAUUGCUCUAUCAGAUGCUCUGCACGACCGUGGAAUGUACCUCAUGGUCGACGUGGUGACCAACCACAUGGGCUCGCCCAACGCGGGCAGCAGUGUCGACUACAGCAUCUACACACCCUUUAACCAGCAGAGCGAGUACCACACGCCCUGCGACAUUGACUACAACUCCGAGACGUCGAUUGAGCAGUGCUGGGAGGUGACGGGGGCGCCCAGCCUGCCCGACCUCCGCACCGAGGACGACGACAUUCGCAGCACCUGGAACGCGUGGAUCACGCCCCUCAUCUCCAAGUACGGCAUCGACGGCCUGCGCAUGGACAGCACCAAGCACGUUGAGAAAUCCUUCUGGCCCGGCUGGGUCGAUGCCUCGGGCGUUUACAACAUGGGCGAGGUCUACAACGGUGACCCCAGCGUCUUUCCAGACUGGCUCAACUACAUUGAUGGCUUGGAAAACUAUCCUUUGUACUACUGGAUUACACGCGCGUUCCAGUCGACCUCGGGUUCAAUCAGUGACCUGGUCAACGGUAUCAAUACUCUCAAGGGCUCAAUGAAAACAAACACCCUCGGUACCUUUAUGGAGAAUCACGACCAAGUCCGGUUCGCAUCGUUGACAAGCAACACUAACUUGAUCAAGAAUGCCAUUGCUUUCACGAUUCUCAAUGAUGGUAUCCCCAUCAUCUACUACGGCCAAGAGCAGCAGUACUCGGGCGGUGCCGAUCCCAACAACCGCGAGGCUCUUUGGACAUCGGGGUACAACACAAACUCGGACCUGUACAAGUGGAUCACGACCAUCAACAAGGUGCGCAACACGGCUGUCGCCAAGGAAUCGAGCACCUACCUGGCGUACCAGGCGUACCCAACGUACUCGGACUCGCACGUCAUUGCCAUGAAAAAGGCCGACGUGAUUGGCGUCUUUACCAACGCGGGCUCCAGCUCGUCGGCCACCGUGCCCGGCUUUACCGCCAGCCAGGCCGUCUGCGAUGCCGUCGCCGGCACCUCGUACACGGCCGACAGCAGUGGUAGCCUCACGCUCACCGUCGGACCUCUCCCUGCCAUUCUGGUCCCAACUUCUUGGGGUUUGUGCGGCAGUAGCUCUGGUGGAACAACGACAACCAGUGCGACAAAGACAACGACCGCGCCGACAGGAACCUCAACCGCUUGUUCAACGGUGCCAGUAAGCUUUACCGAGACGGUAACGACUCAAGUUGGACAAACGAUUAAAAUCGUGGGAUCCAUCGCAGCCCUCGGCAGCUGGGACACGACCAAGGCCAUUGCGCUGAGCGCGGCAUCGUACACAGCCGCCAAGCCCGUGUGGACCGUCACCAUCAACCUGCCGCCGGGCACGGCCUUUUCGUACAAGUUUAUCAACGUCGCCAGCAGCGGCACCGUCACCUGGGAGGCUGAUCCCAACCACACUUAUACGGUGCCGUCGAGCUGCGCUACUGCCCAGGUGUCCAAUACCUGGCAAAGCUGA